AUGAGCAAGGCAUCGCUAUUGGCAAAACCACUUCCUGGAGAAGUUCUUCUUCUCUACCUUUCCUUAUCCAUCAUUGCAGUUAGCUCAGUGUUGAUAUGGAAGCCAGAGAAGGCAGAACUACUGAUCUUCUAUGUUAGCAAGGCGCUGCAGAGCGUAGAGCUUUGGUAUCCCCCCUUGGAACAGCUAGCACUAGUCCUCGUCUUCUCAGCUCGAAGGCUCCGCCCAUACUUCCAAGUGCACAAGAUCACGGUUCUGACCAAUCAACCCCUUCGGCAUGUACUCCAAAAGCCAGAAACCUCUGGCCGAUUGGUCAAAUGGGUGAUUGAGCUCGGAGAAUUUGACAUACAAUCCAGGCCUAUGCCUGUAGAGAAGGGUCAGGCUGUUGCCGAUUUCAUUUCUGAGCUUACACCUACGGUACCACCAAAACCAGCCAGUCCAGACGCUGAUACCGGAGAACUAGAAAGGCAGAUUACCGAACGCCUUGAUUCUUCCAUUCCUGUAUGGAUUCUGCAUGUUGAUGACGAAGCCAAGGUCGAGUAUGCCCUCCGAUUCAACUUCAGAACCUCCAACAACGAGGCAGAGUAUGAGGCUCUCUUGGUCGGCCUUCGGCUAGCCAAGGGCAUGAGCCCAAAACAAAUCAGCAUUCACAGUGACACCCAGCUCAUAGUGAAUCAGAUAACGGCAGACUUCGCAGCCAUGGAUGCCUACAUGUCGGCUUACCUAUUGCCAGCCCACCAACUCCUCUAA